AUGUCGAAUUUAUCCAAACUUGAGUUUGUGGCAUUAGAUAUUUCUGGAAAGAAUUAUCUUUCAUGGGUACUCGAUGUUGAGAUUCACUUGGCUGCUAAAGGUCUUGAUGCCACUAUUACUCAGGGAAAUGAAGCAUCGAGUCAAGAUAAGGCGAAGGCUGUGAUUUUUCUUCGUCAUCAUCUUGAUGAGGGCCUGAAGAUUGAAUAUUUGACGAUAAAAGAUUCACUUGAAUUGAUAAUCUCCCAGUUAAAAUUAUGUGGGGAGACUAUAAAAGAUGAGGACUUGUUGGAAAAGACACUUACUAUUUUCCAUGCCUCAAAUGUUAUAUUGCAGCAGCAAUAUCGUGAAAAGAAUUUUCAGAAAUAUUCUGAACUAAUCUCAUGUCUUUUGGUGGCUGAGCAACAUAAUGUUCUUUUAAUGAAAAAUCAUGAAGUUCGUCCCACUGGAGCUGCUCCAUUACCGGAGGCAAAUGUGGUGGAAGCACGUGAUCAAUCUGAAGUAAAAAGAGAUGAUCAUCGGGGCUAUAAUAAUGCACGGGGACGUGGCAAAAAUAAAAGACGAUACACUAAUCGUCAAGGUGGUGGUCAUAAUAAAAGGGAGAACAACAUGAGUUCUCAAAAUAAUCCCUCAAAAAGUAAUUAUCGUCGUUGUGGCAUGAAAGGCCAUUGGAAGAAUGAAUGUCGCACACAUGAGCAUUUUGUAAGGCUCUAUCAAAAUUCCUUUAAAAAGAAAGAAAAUAAAAGUGGUGUUUCCUCUUCCAAUGCUCGAGCUGAGUCACAUAUGACUCUUAAAGAUGAUGAUAAGCCGGGAACAUCUCAGAAAUAUGAUAAGGAUGUUGAAGCAAAUUGGGCUUUAAAAGAUGAUAUUUUUGAUGGCCUUGGUGACAUUACUCAUAUGGAAGUUGAUGACUUCUUUGGAGAUCGAAACUGA